AUGUUUUUGGAGAAAAGAUACUGCGGAAAUAAAUCUAUACAAAUACCAAAAUAUACACAGUUAGCAAAUUACCAUCAAAAGGUAAUUGAUCAUUAUGAAAAUCCUCGCAAUGUUGGAAGCUUAGAUACAAAAGAUCCAAAUGUUGGAACAGGAAUUGUUGGAGCUCCAGCUUGUGGUGAUGUUAUGAAAUUACAAAUAAAAGUUGAUGAUAAUGGUAAAAUUGUAGAGGCUAAAUUUAAAACAUUUGGAUGUGGAAGUGCUAUUGCUAGUAGUAGUUUAGCCACAGAAUGGAUUCAAGGUAAAACUACAGAAUAUGCUAGUAAAAUUAAAAACGAUCAAAUUGCUAAAGAACUUUCUCUACCACCUGUUAAACUUCAUUGUUCUAUGCUUGCACAGGAUGCCAUUCAGGCAGCUUUAAAUGAUUAUAAAAAAAAGCAAGAAAUGAAAAACACACAAUAA